AUGUUCUUUCCAAGUACUUUAUUAGAUGGUUUUCGUAAUGGGUUUCCCCUUGGUUCAAUUGGUUCUAUUUCUGUUAAAAUACCACCAAACCACCCUUCAGUUGCUAAUCACACAAACUUUGUAUCUGUUAAAAUUUCUUCGGAAAUUAGUAAGAACAGAAUUAAGGGCCCAUACUCCUAUCCACCGCUCGAUAAUUUCAUAUGCAGCCCUUUAGGUGUGGUACCUAAACGUUCACCUAAUUCCUUUCGUCUUAUCCAUGAUCUAUCUUACCCUAAAUUUGGUACUUCUGUCAAUUCAUGCAUUCCGGAAGAAAAAUCCACUGUUCAAUUAGAGACAUUUGAUCAUGUUGCAAGUUUGGUUCUACAAUCAGGCCAACAUUCCCUUAUUGCCAAAGCUGAUAUUGAAGACGCUUUCAGAAUCAUUCCAAUUUCGCCUCUAGAUUAUCAUAAACUAGGUUUUACAUUUCAAGGGCAUUAUUACUUUGACACAGUGUUGCCAAUGGGAGCCUCCUCUUCUGUGUAUUUCUUUGAAUCUUUCUCAAAAGCCAUCCAGUGGAUCAUGCAACAUUCACUAAAAGUACGGAGAGUUUCACAUAUAAUAGAUGAUUUUAUAUUUGUUGGUUCUCCGGCUUCUAGAGAAUGUCAUGAGGCACUUACAAAAUUUUUUACAUUAGCUGCAGACAUAGGAAUUCCAAUUAAAACAGAUAAAACAGUGUUUCCUUCAACGUCCGUUGAAGUCCACGGCAUAACGAUGAACACGGCAACCAUGACUGCGUCCCUACCUACUGAUAAAAUUAUUAACCUAAAAUCGCUUUUACUUCAGAAUAUGCACAAAAAGAAAGUGUCCCUUAAAACCUUGCAAUCUAUUUUGGGUCAUCUUAACUUUGCUUGUAAAGUUAUCAAACCAGGCAGGUGUUUCCUAAGGCGUCUAUAUGAUCUUACUAAAGGACACACUAAAAGCUGGCAUUUCAUUAAGAUAAGUAAAGACUGUCGAGCAGAUCUAAAGCUUUGGUACUCCUUUUUAUCAGAUUACAAUGGAGUCACUCUUCUUACUAAUGAUAGGUUUAUUUCUUCAAAAACCCUCCAUUUAUAUUCAGACGCUGCGGGUUCUAAAGGUUUUGCAUGCACCCAUCAGUCUUCUUGGACUUAUGGAGUUUUUCCUGAUAAAAUAAAAACAUGCCACAUUAAUAUUCUAGAGCUUUACCCAAUUGCCCUUGCAGUUUCUCUUUUUGGUAAUUGUUGGGAAAACAAAAACAUACUAUUCAUUUGUGACAACCUUGCAGCAGUACAUUGCCUGAAUAAGCAGACUUCAAAAGACCCCCUUAUGAUGAAGCUUAUUCGCAUAAUUGUAUUAAAAGCUCUUCGUUACAACUUCUGUUUUAAUGCCACCCACAUUCCUUCAGUAGACAACACUAUUUGUGAUAAACUGUCUCGAUUACAGGUAACAGAGGCUUUGGAACUGGCUCCUCACCUAAACAGGGACCCUGUACCAAUUCCACGAGAAAUGUCACCAUGGAUAUUGCUCACGUGA